GACGGAGACAGAAAUGACGUCCUAAAUGUUAACUGGACGCGCGGGGCACCGUGGGAACCUCGUCUGAGUAUAAAAUAGUCCCUUCCUCUUCUGUGGAGUCAGUAGAGGCUGGUUGCUGAGCGCGCAGAGCCGUCACUCGGCUUGUUCUUCCAUGUGAAAUGCGAUAUAACUGGCAAUAGCCACUUGACCGGAGGGGGUGAGCCGCGCGCUUACAGCAUGCGCGCCCUGUCAGCAGCCAACAUCUGUUCCGGGAAUGGGAUCGAGCAAGGGCGCGCGGAAUUUUUCAUUUUCACUCUAAGGACGGUGAACAAAGUACUUUUCUUUUGAGACAAUCAUUUGUCCAUAAGCGCUUUAUGAUAUUAAAAUAUUGCGCUUAAAAACACGAGCAAACAGAUGAGGAGGUAUAAGAGGAUUUGGGACUGACUUGAGCACACCAUCCCACAGAGGCGAUUAUAUUGUUCUAAUCAAGACUAAAGAAAUGCACAUUCGUCGUCACAUUUUUUCAGCACUUCUUGGCUAAGCUGUUCGGGGAGCACCGAACAAUCCUGGGUGUCCUGCGCUAAGGUGUCCCGUCUGGGUGUCACCACACGCGCGUAACGGGAUGCGCUUUGUGGACUACUGAGGUGAGCCAGUGACUGAUAAAACGAAACGUUCGGAUCAGCGAUGAUGCCCGAAGUGCAGAGUCUGUGCACUGAAUGUGGAUGUAUUCAGUCCUAAAGUUGCUAAGGAAUGUUGAAGAAAAACCCCAAGAUGGCAAAGCUUCUUCAGCUCACACUGGUGAUGAUAUACAUGCGGAUGGUGUCUUGCAUGGCUGAUCAGGACCUUGUACAAGGCGUGGUGGAGUGGAGCCAGACCCAGACCCACGAGCAGGAACGGCCGCAGAUGGCCCUGAAGCCUGGCUCAUUACGGCUCUUUGCCCAGCCGCCCCCGCCCCACGAAGAGCCCAGCCCGAGCGGCCCGACGCAGCUAGAGGACAGCCCACAGGAGCUCUGGGCGUGGCUGUCCAACCUGACGAGCACCGACGAGACCCUGACGCGCUCCAAGCGCCGCCCCAUCGUCAAGACAGGCAAGUUCAAGAAGAUGUUCGGCUGGGGGGACUUCAACUCCAACAUCAAGACGGUCAAAGUCAACCUGUUCAUCACUGGCAAGAUCGUCGACCACGGCAACGGUACAUUCAGUGUCUACUUCCGCCACAACUCCACCGGCCUGGGCAACGUGUCCGUCAGCCUGGUGCCACCCAACAAGGCCGUGGAGUUCCAGAGCCAGCUGCGCGAGCUCGCACCCAUGGAGACGCAAGACUCCAUGGCCAAGGGCUUUAACUGCCGCAUCGAGUACGAGAAGACGGACCGCAGCAAGCACACAUCGUCACUGUGCAGCACCGACCCGUCACGCGUCUGCUACCAGGAGCAGACGCAGAGCCACCUGUCCUGGCUCUGUUCGAAGCCCUUCAAGGUCAUCUGCAUCUAUAUCGACUUCUCCAGCGAAGACUACCGGCUAGUGCAGAAGGUCUGCCCGGACUACAACUACCACAGCGACACGCCCUACACCUCCAUGGGGUAGCGUGGAGCCCCCUCGCACCCGUACCCAUCGCCUUUCAACUCCCCUUCACCUCGCCCCUCUGCAUGCCUCUAGAGGAGGCACUUGGAGAGCCCUCUUACUCAGAAAUCCAAUUAGACAUCUCUCCUCUUUGACCUUUCACCCCUAUGUCAUCAUAGCCAGGCUCUCUUCCCAUGUUUGCAGUGACAGCAGUUGUCGCUGGUGUGUCUCUCUCCCUCUGCCAUGGUUUUGUACCGCCAACCCAAAAGUGAUUUGAAUCUCCUAUGUUGUGUCUUUUCCACUGAAAGUAAACAAAGUCUAUGGUCAGAACUAGUGAUUCAUGUUGCCUGUGUAUUUGUACUAUUUUUUCAGAAGUGUUAAGCACCAGUGCUUGUAUAAGAAGAGGAUGAGAUAUACUGACUGAUUUCAGCCAGAGAACUGUUAUUUAUUCUUAUUUUUCCUGAAGUCAUGCUGUGUAAUUCAUCACUAUUAAACUAUAUAAAAAUA